GGAAGGCGAGCGCACGGUGCUCAUUUUGGCCUCAGCGUCGCCUCCAGUGCUCCCCGUGAUGGGGUGGGCUCAGCCAGGCCCGCGCCGGCCCCGCCCCGCUCCGUCUCUACCCCCCAAGGAUUUGGGAAGUUGGUAUGCGCCGGCAGCGCGCGGGAGGCUUGAACAGCUGGACUGGAGCGCGCGCCGGGUGCCCCUGCAGCCCAGCCAUGGACCAGGAGCCGCAGAGGCAGCGGGAGGAGCUGCGGGCCUUGAGGGCCGAGAUCGCGGCGCUGCGGAGGUGCCUGGAGCCGACUCGUCCCGCCGCCGCCCCGGCCCCGGGCCCGGCCCCAGAUUCGGACCGGCAUGUCUGCCAAGAGAGCCACGCGGCCCCUGCUGGUGGGGACCUGGAAACCCAGCUGGGGCGCUUGGAGUCAGAAGUGGCCUUCCUCUCCAAGCUCACUGGCAUUAGGAUGACCGAUUACUCCAUGACCCGAGUGGAGCUCCCAGAAAGCACCGAGGAGACACAGAAGAAUGAGCAGAGAGUCCUGCGAAAGGGCCGCUUGGCUGGAGGAUGCCGGGCCAUUACCUUCCAACUCGAAUUCCAGCUUCUGGAAACGCGGACUGAAGACACCUCCUCCACUGUUCUCACGGACCUCAGCAUCAUCAUGGAGCCCAUGGAGCACAGUGAGCUCAACCGAUUUGUCACCCGGGCAGAAGAGAAAAGGGAUCUCUUCCUGUUUUUCAGAAGCCUUCACUUCUUCCUGGAGUGGUGCGAAUACCGAAGGCAGACGUUUCAGUACUUCAAGGAGAAACACCCUGCUGUGGUGCAGCUGCCAGGAGGCCUGGCCGCAGACUGCAUGAAGCUCCAGAGCCCCCGCGUGCCCGGGUUUGAGUUUGUGGUCGUGUGGAUGGUGCACAUUGAGGAAGAGGGGAAGGUGGUGCCCAAGUUGGACCUUCUAACGAAGAUCCCGGAGCGAGCCCUGAUCCUGGAUGAGAAGAAGGUAGCGGAGCAAGCCCCUCACUGCUUCCGGACCCUUCUGCAGCUGCUGGGCAUCGAGGCUGCCAUCGAAAACCUCAUUGAGCUACUGAGCGCGCACAAAUGAAGCCCCCGGGAGAGACUGGCUGUGUGGGAGGUCUUUAAUGAGGAACCUGCGGUUCUGCUGGAUAGAAACCAAACCCUCCGCCAUGCUCUGAUAAGUAUGGCACGUGAGAUAGAAAGGGUCCGAUGGGAAAAAUAAAUAGAGCCAUUUAAA